UUAAGGUGUGUGCUAGCCUAAUCUUGUCCACAUUUUUUGUUGUUGUCUAGAUUUUGAAAUUCAUGAUAAAGUUUAUUACUUCCAUUACUCAACCUUCAUUGAUCUCCCAACAGUGUCUCCUUUUAAGAACAACAUUUGGGUAUGCUGAGUUUUGGUAACAUUUGGCAAGGGGCUUAGGGCCCACUUUGUUGUUUGGGAAAGUUAAAUGGAAAAAUUCCAAUAGCGCUGUAGCGCCAUCUGGUCACAAUUAUUUGGUUUUCGUUUCUUUUUCCGUUAACUCAUUUUCAUGCGAUAUGACAAAAUCAUUUGGUAUCGCAAAAUAUUGUGCGUCAGCUACAAUAGCAUCGAUUAUCCUUCCACUGUGCAUUGCUGGAUUGCUUUGAAAUCCAUAUUUAUUAAGCAGAAAGGUCACUGCACUGACUACUUCGUUAAAAUCAUCAUCCAGUCGAACAGUACGCGUCGUUUUCAGUGAACUAGGAGAUGAAGUCUUGAUAAAUUAUCAUGGCCCUAAACCAAGCUCUUUGUUGGUAUCAACAUAAAAUCGGCGCCUACGACAAACAGAUCUGGGAAGAAACAGUUGAACAACGUAUACUUCAUGGUCUCUCGCACGUGCCAAAGAAGUCUGGCAAACUCAAGUUAGACUACAUAGAUUUGGACGUGGUUCGAGGAUCCUCUUUUCCUAAAGCUAAGCCAAAACACGGUUUGGUCUACCUUAGUCAGCUAUGUGUUCUACGUCUUCUAUUUUUACCUUUUCACCGACAUUGGUGGAUCCAGCAAACUUCCUGCGGUGUUUUUCAGCUGCUCCUGAUUCUCUAUGGAUUUCAAAUGGUCAAUAUGGUCAUAUACUUCACUAGACCUCAAGGGAUCAGCGAUCCUUCUAUUCGGAUAAACAAUGAGACAACCGACAAUCCUGAAAUAAUUUAUCACGAUGUGUCAGCGGAAGAGGUACUGGUACCCGUAUUAAUGAUGUGCAUUCUCAGCCUUCUUCUUUCGCAGAUGGUGUCCACCCAAGCUAACACUCAUUUAUCUCCUCGACGACCGAAAAGUAAAUUGCGGACUAAGCGAACUAAAAGAAGAGUUGGUCGGAGAAUAGGAACUACGCCGUCUGAUUCAAAAUCAUCCCUGGAAAAUGUUGAAACGCAAUCUCCAUCACCACCUAGUGAUCAGAAACCAGACGAUAUCAUAAUUGAGCCUAAAAUAAAGAAACGUUCUUUUUCGGAGGAGAGACAAACAUCUCGAGUCAAAAUAGGGCAACGUUCGUCAUCAUUGCAAUUGGAUUCCACACAUGUCUUACAGCAACCUUUACGCGUUUCUCAGUUAGGAGUUGCCAGGAACCAGCAGCCAGUUGUUUCCAAAAGAAAAGCUUGGUUUUUCUCAUGGCCAGUUCGCCUCGUUGUUCCUAACCGAGUCACAAUCGAAGAUGAGGGAUUUGAUAGUUUUCAUGGCAACAACUCCAGUUCAAGCGAUUGCGAAAAUGAGGAAAAUGCACUGCCUGAAAAAAUAGCCCAGUUGAAUCCCCUCGGAGUUGUGGGAUUGACUGAGAUCAAUGCGGACGACAAAGUUGAAUCCCCAACCGAAAAUUUUAAAUUGGAAAUUAAUGGUAGUGACUCAGUUCCCAGUUGCAGUUCUGACAGUGCUGCUGACGGCCAAGCAGAGACUGCCGCAAAUGCUAUUCAGCCUCUGUUACGGAGACGGCGAAAUUUACCGUCGAUUGCUUUGAAACUCAUUCCCCCAGAAGCAAAUCAAUCUUUCGGGAUUAACUCAGAGAUGGAAUCAGAACGACCCCCUCGAAACCCUAACCCCAAAUGUGUGACAAUCAUGAGCAAUGAGAGACGUUGUGAUAACUCAAUAUUGGCUGGAGAAAGUAGUUAUCAGAGUUCCUGCGAAAGCGAUGGAGACGCUCACUCUUCAAUUGCUUCUCCAAGCUAUAAGCUAUCGGAACCAAGCACUCCCCUGGAUUGGACAGGAGUGACAACCAAUUCGGAGGAAUGUUCUUACAGUUCCGAGUCUCGUUCCGAGUCGGAUGAAAAUGAAACAAACCGCUUUGCCAGUGUAGUAGGUGAUAUAAAUUGGAAUGAUGAACUUGCUUUUUCGUGGGAAGCUCAUGGAACUCCUACAUUAAGUUCGUCGUCGGAUAAAGUCAGCUGUACCGUUUGGGAAGGAUUGGAGGUGAAGAAAGCUGAUCUCUCCGUUCUUGACGUAGCAGCAGCCAUCAUAGCAAAAGUAGAUGUCAUGCCGGAAAGCACGGACUACCUGUGCGGAGGUUUAGUCAUGGCAGGAAUCUUUGCUCUUUUACCCAUCAUUUAUCGAAUAAAUAGCGCCGUUGGGUCAGCCGUUGUUGACAUGCUUCAUCCAAGCUCAUUUCGCAAAGCGCUGCAUAGUACCAAUAUAAUAUGCAAUAUCCUUUUUGGAUCCUCUCGAUGGGAAAAGAUUAUUGUAGUCACUGCAGCAAUGGAGCGCUUCGCAAUGGCUGCGUUCUUUCUCUUUCUCCUAGCAGUGGCCGAGAGAACAUUCAAGCAGCGCUUCCUCUACGCGAAACUCUUCUCUCAUUUAACGUCUUCGCGUAGAGCACGAAAUUCAGACCUUCCACACUUCCGUUUGAAUAAAGUUCGGAACAUUAAAACAUGGCUUUCGGUCCGGUCUUACUUGAAGAAACGCGGCCCUCAACGUUCGGUAGAUUGCAUAGUUUCAGCGGCUUUCAUUAUCACACUUUGUUUGGUAUCGUUCUUGUGCAUGGAAUUGCUUAAGGAGUCUCAAUAUCUGCAUCAGUCUCUCUACAAUUUAGAAGUCCUCUGUUGGUGCCUAGUUUUAGGAGUGUUUUUGCUGAGGUUUAUGACACUUGGCUCCAAGAUCAACAAGAAAUAUAGGAACCUCUCAGUUUUGAUAACUGAACAAAUAAACCUCUAUUUACAAAUGGAACAAAAACCCGACAAGAAAGAAGAAUUAAUGUUGGCAAACAAUGUGCUGAAGUUGGCUGCUGAUCUCUUGAAAGAAUUGGAGAGCCCAUUUAAAAUAUCUGGACUUUCUGCUAAUCCUUAUCUCUACAAUCUUACCAAAGUUGUGGUGCUUUCUGCGCUCUCUGGAGUUUUAUCAGAGAUGUUAGGCUUUAAAUUGAAACUACAUAAAAUUAAAAUACGUUGACUAGGCUAUUGAGUGAGGGCUAGACAGUCUUUCAUAGCUGUGGCGUUUACUCGUCCAAAUUAACGAAAUGAAUUUCAAAUAUAACAAAUUGGGUCGUAAUUCUUUCCGUCUAUUCGAUACCGUACAUCGAGUACAUCUGUAUUGUAUCUACACCUACUAACCUGCAAAGUUUGCUGGAUAAAUUUUAAAAGUUACCUAUAACAUUUUGUUAACCCAAUUAAGUGCAGAGCUUUGGCUAGUUCUAAACUUUAUAAAUAGUAGUGUUCAUGUUAACCCGAUGGAUUGAUCUGUGAUGCCGAGCUAGGUUGAAAACCGUAAUUUGAUCUUAAAUCGGAAACAUGAUAGCUAUUUGAAACAUUUAUGGAACGAUUCUGCAACAGUUGAAUGUAAUCCACAACCUAACAUAACCUAAUAGUGUUGUAAAAAUGUGUUGACGCCUUGAAUACUAUUGGUUGACUGAA